AUGCCAAGACCCACGUCUAGCAUAAUUUAUUGCGUUACUUUUGGGGCGCCACUCUAUUCAAAUGCUUUAGGCGACUUCUUUCGUCAUCGCUCGUGCAACCUCGUAGCCCAUCAUGAGCAUCGCUCCUUCCUGUUAGCAGCUCAUUUACAAUGGACAGCCAAAGAAGCGGAAAGACUUCGUGCUGCCGUUCAGUUCUACGGCAAAUACGCGCACACAGUUACGCUCGACUCGUCUAUAGCAGAGCUGUGUGUAGCUGGUCAAUGCACGACUGACGUCGGAUCGUGGUUCGUAUUCCAAGCCGCUGCUGGCGGUACAGAUCCUAUUCCGGCAAUGGAUGGAAUUGAGAUGCCCGGCUGGUUACGUAGUGAGGCCAAAUUCAACCAAACCACAUAUCGUUGUCAAUCUGUUACCGACCUACCGGAGUGGAAUCCAAAGACGCAUCGCAUUCCACUCGGGCCGUUAUUCCCUAGGGCAAAGGAGAUCACAUUCCGCUGCACUGUUCCGCAAUUACGGCGGAUGCGUCGUCUGGCUGUCUACCAUAUCCCGGCGACACUGAUCUUUGCACCGGAACAACUGCAGGUUUUCCGACUAUCCAUCAUCGGUGGUCGGGGUAAAGCUCCGUCUUCAUUGAAACUACGCCCUUUCUUUGAAUGGGUCGAUUCUGAUCAUCUCGGCAACAAGUUGUGUAUGCAGUUCUGCUAA